AUGUCCAAACCUUCAGAUCACAUCAAGAGGCCCAUGAAUGCCUUCAUGGUAUGGUCCCGGGGCCAGCGGCGCAAGAUGGCCCAGGAAAACCCCAAGAUGCACAACUCGGAGAUCAGCAAACGCCUAGGCGCCGAAUGGAAGCUCCUGUCCGAGGCAGAGAAGCGGCCUUACAUCGACGAAGCCAAACGGCUGCGCGCCCAGCACAUGAAGGAACACCCAGACUACAAGUACCGGCCAAGGCGCAAGCCCAAGAACCUACUCAAGAAAGACAGGUAUGUCUUCCCCCUGCCCUACCUGGGCGACACGGACCGGGCUUCCGACGGCCUUCUGAGCGCGCCCGAGAAAGCCCGGGCCUUCUUGCCGCCGGCCUCGGCGCCUUACUCCCUGCUGGACCCUGCGCAGUUUAGCUCCAGUGCCAUUCAGAAGAUGGGUGAAGUGCCCCACACGUUGGCCACCAGCGCGCUGCCCUACGCGUCCACCCUGGGCUAUCAGAACGGCGCCUUCGGCAGUCUCAGCUGCCCCAGCCAGCACACGCACACGCACCCGUCCCCCACCAACCCGGGCUAUGUGGUGCCCUGUAACUGUACUGCCUGGUCUGCCUCCACCCUGCAACCCCCUGUGGCCUACAUCCUCUUCCCAGGCAUGACCAAGACUGGCAUAGACCCUUAUUCGUCAGCCCACGCUACGGCCAUGUAA